GGCGCCUUGUCAAUGACAGCAUAAACUGCAUAUAGUGUGGAGAUCCUCACUGUUUUAAGGUGUCAUCAUUUUCUCCACGACAGAAUGAAACUACUGGUCAAAGCAGCCAAACAAGCCCAGAGGACAUAUUUUCAGCGCAUUUUAUUGUAUAGGUUUACGUCAGACAAUUCACCGCUCAGAAAAGGCCUGCAGUCCACAGAGUGUCAAUGGUUGUGCGCAUCGUCGCAGGAGAUUUUGACCGCAGUGCGCGGACUGGUUGAAUUUCGGCAGAACUUCAUUAGCGAGGCAGAGGAGAAAGCCCUUUUUAAAGAACUAGAACCAGGACUUAGGAAAAAACGAUACGAGUUUGACCACUGGGACGAUGCCAUCCACGGCUUCAGAGAAACAGAGCGUCUUCAGUGGGGAGAUGAUUGUGAAAGCGUCUUCAGGCGGGUCAGAGAAGUGGCAUUUCCUAAGGGCAGUUCACUUCUUGGACCCGUUCACGUUCUGGACCUGGACAAAGCAGGCUACAUCAAACCCCAUGUUGACAGUGUGAAGGUCUGCCUUUCAUCCACCGUUUUAUGUGUUGUUUACUCAGUAUUGCUGUUCUUCAUGUUGUUUUUUCUCUCUUUUCAGUUUUGUGGAAGCACCAUUGCAGGACUGAGCCUGUUGUCUGAUAGUAUUAUGCGGCUGAUUCCAGAGAAUAACUCUGCUGAGUGGCUGAAUUUGCUUUUAAGUCGUCGCUCACUUUAUAUAUUGAGGGAUGAUGCUAGGUUUAAAUACACACAUGCAAUCCUGAAAGAUGAGGAAUCCUUUUUCGCAGGACAGAAGGUUCCCCGUCAUCGCCGCAUUUCUGUGAUCUGUCGAAACCUGCCAGUUUAAAAGCGUUGGGACUGGAUUGCUUCUUUUUUGGAGAUUUAGUGACUUCUGUUGGCAGCAAUUUUCCAAAAAAAGAAGAGUGAAAACAGUUAUCUUUGCUUGAUUAAAUCAGGCUCACUUAAAUGUGUGGUCACAACACGCUACUGCAAUAUAAUAAAU